AUGCAUUAUGAAAUUCAUCGUUGUAACGGCACUAGAACAAACGACUCCACAGUCAACUUCUCCAGAUUCAACAACUCCAGAGUCAGCUACUCCAGAGUCAACUACUCCACAGUCAACUACUCCACAGUCAGCUACUCCACAGUCAACUACUCCAGAGUCACCUCCUCCACAGUCAACUACUCCACAGUCAACUACUCCACAGUCAACUACUCCACAGUCAACUACUCCACAGUCACCUCCUCCAGAGUCAACUACUCCAGAGUCAACUACUCCAGAGUCACAUCCUCCAGAUCAACUACUCCAGAGUCAACUACUCCACAGUCAACUACUCCAGAGUCAGCUACUCCAGAGUCAGCUACUCCAGAGUCAACUUCUCCACAGUCAAAUACUCCACAGUCAACUACUCCAGAGUCAACUACUCCAGAGUCAACUACGGCACAGUCAGCUUCUCCAGAAGUCAACUACUCCAGAGCCAACUACUCCAAAGUCAGCUACUCCAGAGUCAGCUACUCCAGAGUCAACUACUCCACAGUCAACUACUCCAGAGUCAACUACUCCAGAGUCACCUCCUCCACAGUCAACUACUCCACAGUCAACUACUCCACAGUCAACUACUCCACAGUCAACUACUCCACAGUCACCUCCUCCAGAGUGAACUACUCCAGAGUCAACUACUCCAGAGUCAACUACUCCAGAGUCACCUCCUCCAGAGUCAGCUACCACUCCAGAGUCAGCUACUCCAGAGUCAACUACUCCAGAGUCAGCUACUCCAGAGUCAGCUACUCCACAGUCAGCUACUCCACAGUCAACUACUCCAGAGUCACCUCCUCCACAGUCAACUACUCCACAGUCAACUACUCCACAGUCAACUACUCCACAGUCAACUACUCCACAGUCACCUCCUCCAGAGUCAACUACUCCAGAGUCAACUACUCCAGAGUCACAUCCUCCAGAGUAACCUCCUCCAGAGUCAGCUACUCCAGAGUCAACUACUCCAGAGUCAACUACUCCAGAGUCAGCUACUCCAGAGUCAACUACUCCAGAGUCAACUACUCCACAGUCAACUUCUCCAGAGUCAGCUACUCCAGAGUCAACUACUCCAGAGUCAACUACUCCAGAGUCACCUCCUCCAGAGUCAGCUACCACUCCAGAGUCAGCUACUCCAGAGUCAACUACUCCAGAGUCAGCUACCACUCCAGAGUCAGCUACUCCAGAGUCAACUACUCCAGAGUCACCUCCUCCAGAGUCAGCUACUCCAGAGUCAGCUACUCCAGAGUCAACUACUCCAGAGUCAACUACUCCAGAUCAGCUACUCCAGAGUCAACUACUCCAGAAUCAACUACUCCAGAGUCAGCUACUCCAGAGUCAACUACUCCAGAGUCAACUACUCCACAGUCAACUACUCCAGAGUCAACUACUCCACAGUCAACUACUCCAGAGUCAACUACUCCAGAGUCAACUACUCCAGAGUCAACUACUCCAGAGUCAACUACUCUAGAGUCAGCUACUCCAGAGUCAACUUCUCCAGAGUCAACUACUCCAGAGUCAACUUCUCCAGAGUCACCUCCUCCAGAGUCAACUACUCCACAGUCAACUACUCCAGAGUCAGCUACUCCAGAGUCACCUCCUCCAGAGUCAACUACUCCACAGUCAACUACUCCAGAGUCAACUACUCCAGAGUCAACUACUCCAGAGUCAACUACUCCAGAGUCAACUACUCCAGAGUCAACUACUCCAGAAGUCAACUACUCCAGAGUCAACUACUCCAGAGUCAGCUACUCCAGAGUCAGCUACUCCAGAGUCAACUACUCCAGAGUCACCUCCUCCAAAGUCAACUACUCCACAGUCAACUACUCCAGAGUCAGCUACUCCAGAUCAACUACUCCGCAGUCAACUACUCCACAGUCAACUACUCCAGAGUCAGCUACUCCACAGUCAACUACUCCAGAGUCAACUACUCCAGAGUCAACUACUCCAGAGUCAACUACUCCAGAGUCAACUACUCCAGAGUCAACUACUCCAGAUUCAACUACUCCAGAGUCAACUACUCCAAAUUCAACUACUCCAGAGUCAACAACUCCAGAGUCAACAACUCCAGAGUCAACAACUCCAGAGUCAACUACUCCAGAGUCACCUCCUCCAGAGUCAACAACUCCACAGUCAACUACUCCAGAGUCAGCUACUCCAGAGUUAACUACUCCAGAGUCAACUACUCCAGAGUCAACUACUCCAGAGUCAACUACUCCAGAGUCAGCUACUCCAGAGUCAACUACUCCAGAGUCACCUCCUCCAGAGUCAGCUACUCUACUCCAGAGUCACCUCCUCCAGAGUCAGCUAGUACUCCAGAGUCAGCUACUCCAGAGUCAACUACUCCAGAGUCAACUACUCCAGAGUCAACUACUCCAGAGUCAACUACUCCAGAGUAUACUACUCCAAAGCCAACUACUCCAGAGUCAGCUACUCCAGAGUCAGCUACUCCAGAGUCAACUUCUCCAGAAGUCAACUUCUCCAGAGUCACCUCCUCCAGAGUCAACUACUCCAGAGUCAACUACUCCAGAGUCAGCUACUCCAGAGUCAACUUCUCCAGAGUCAACUACUCCAGAGUCAACUACUCCAGAGUCAACUACUCCAGAGUCAACUACUCCACAGUCAACUACUCCAGAGUCAGCUACUCCAGAGUCAGCUACUCCAGAGUCAACUACUCCAGAGUCACCUACUCCAGAGUCAACUACUCAAGAGUCAACUACUCCAGAGUCAGCUACUCCAGAGUCAACUACUCCAGAGUCAACUACUCCAGAGUCAACUACUCCAGAGUCACCUCCUCCAGAGUCAGCUACUACUCCAGAGUCAGCUACUACUCCAGAGUCAGCUACUCCAGAGUCAACUACUCCAGAGUCACCUACUCCAGAGUCAACUACUCCAGAGUCAACUACUCCAGAGUCAUCUACUCCAGAGUCAGCUACUCCAGAGUCAACUUCUCCAGAGUCAGCUACUCUAGAAGUCAACUACUCCAGAGUCAACUACUCCAGAGUCAACUACUCCAGAGUAUACUACUCCAAAGCCAACUACUCCAGAGUCAGCUACUCCAGAGUCAGCUACUCCAGAGUCAACUUCUCCAGAGUCAGCUACUCCAGAGUCAACUACUCCCGAGUCAACUACUCCAGAGUCAACUACUCCAGAGUCAACUACUCCAGAGUCAACUUCUCCAGAGUAGACUACUCCAGAGUCAACUUCUCCAGAGUCACCUCCUCCAGAGUCAACUACUCCAGAGUCAACUACUCCAGAGUCAGCUACUCCAGAGUCAACUUCUCCAGAGUCAACUACUCCAGAGUCAACUACUCCAGAGUCACCUCCUCCAGAGUCAACUACUCCACAGUCAACUACUCUAGAGUCAGCUGCUCCAGAGUCAGCUACUCCAGAGUCAACUACUCCAGAGUCACCUACUCCAGAGUCAACUACUCAAGAGUCAACUACUCCAGAGUCAGCUACUCCAGAGUCAACUACUCCAGAGUCAACUACUCCAGAGUCAACUACUCCAGAGUCACCUCCUCCAGAGUCAGCUACUACUCCAGAGUCAGCUACUACUCCAGAGUCAGCUACUCCAGAGUCAACUACUCCAGAGUCAGCUACUCCAGAGUCAACUACUCCAGAGUCAACUACUCCAGAGUCAUCUACUCCAGAGUCAGCUACUCCAGAGUCAACUUCUCCAGAGUCAGCUACUCUAGAGUAACCUCCUCCAGAGUCAGAUACUCCAGAGUCAGAUACUCCAGAGUCAGACACUCCAGAGUCAGCUACUCCAGAGUCAACUACUCCAGAGUCAGCUACUCCAGAGUCAGCUACUCCAGAGUCAACUACUCCAGAGUCAGCUACUCCAGAGUAACCUCCUCCAGAGUCAGCUACUCCAGAGUCAGCUACUCCAGAGUCAACUACUCCAGAAUCAACUACUUCAGAGUCACCUCCUCCAGAGUCACCUCCUCCAGAGUCAACUACUCCACAGUCAACUACUCCAGAGUCAGCUACUCAAGAGUCAACUACUCCAGAGUCACCUACUCCAGAGUCAACUACUCCAGAGUCACCUCCUCCAGAGUCAACUACUCCAGAGUCAACUACUCCAGAGUCAACUACUCCAGAGUCAGCUACUCCAGAGUCAACUGCUCCAGAGUCAGCUACUCUAGAGUCAACUUCUCCUGA